AUGAUUUAAAAUUUUGAUUUAAAAGCUGAAAUUCAGAAGUAUCAAUUUAAGCAUUCAUUACUAUUGGAAGUAUUAGUUAAUAAUGAGAAAAAGAUAUAACCAUAAACAUUUUUAGACCUAAUACAAAAUUACAAUAAUUCCCAGAUUGAUGAUCUCAAAUUCAUUAAGGAGUAUAACCAAUAUCUAUACAAAAAUGAACUAUCCAUAUAAGAUUCAUAUAUAGUGUAUAAUGAAGUCAUUCAUAAGAACUUUGAUAAAAUUGAAUUAUAAAUUAGAAAGAUAAUAGAUUUGCUAUCCUUGAUACAUUAAUAACUAAAUCUUAAAAUUAAGUAAUUGGAAUAGUAUGAGGAAGUUUAUAUAAUUUUAGAUGAUGAGAAAGUUGGAUAUUUGUGUGAGGAUUAAGUGUUGUUUUUAUUUUUUAGUUUAUUCUUAAUAGAGAAACCAAUUGAAUAGAAUAUUGAUAUAUAUGCAUGUUUCAAAUCAUUUUGGUUGGGGAUACAGUAAUAUAAUAAAGUGUCAUUUAGAACUUUCAAAUAGUUUUUAUUCAAACAACAUUACAAUUCUGAUAUUAUAAUAUAAAAUUUAAAUAGAAUUUUAACUAUGUUUGAAUUGGAAAGAGUUCCAAAUAUAAGGAUGGACAUUUUGAAGUAUUUAGCAGCAAAAUAUCACUAUGAUAAUAUCAUUGAAAUUGCUGUAGAAUUAUUGAUAAAGUUACCGAUUGAAUAUGCUAAUGUUGAGAAGAUCAAUAAAGAAAACGAGGAAAAUAUAUUCAUAUCCUCCUUUAUCAAGCUGUAUCAUUUGGCAAUCAUUAAAGAAAUUUAGACAAUGUUUUAUGGGAGAGUAAAUUUAAUCACAAAUCAUUGA